AUGGGCAGUUUUGGUUAGUUUUGGAUUUGGCUUUGGCACUGCAGUAGUUGAGGUGUAAAGACAUAUAAACUUAAGGGCAUUUACACAACAGUACAGUGCACUUUAUUGUUAAAUUUAUUUAUUAGUUCAAUUUAUCGAAACUAGAUAUAAUAAUAAAACUUAAAAUGGAUGUAUUUCUAAUGAUUCGACGAAAAAAGAUGACGAUAUUCACCGAUGCAAAAGAUAAUACAACUGUUCUUGAGCUUAAAAAAAUUAUUGAAGGUAUACUAAAAAUUCCACCGGUCAAUCAACAACUUUUUAAUAAAGAUAAUGUGGUAAUGACCGAUUGUAAAUGUCUCGGUGAAUAUGGAUUAACACCAACAACUGCAAAAGCACAAUGUCCAGCAUUAAUAGGUCUCGCAAUUCGUCAGGAUUCGGGAAAUUUCGAAAAUUUAGAAAUGACUCCCUUCUCUUUGCCACCUGAUCUUCCUGAUGUGAUGAAAUCACAAGAAACCAAUGGACAAGAACAAUCUCCUUGAACAGUCACUUUAAAUUGUGAAACAAACAAUAUUGGAUUAUAACAAACAAUUAUUUCACAAUAACAUCAUCAUCGUCAUCACCAUCAUCAUCAUCAUCGUCAUCAUCAUCAAUUUGAACGAAUUUCUUGGGAAUACAAUUUAGACGAAUACGAAUUUAUUUUACAUGUACUAUAUAUAAAUUGUAUAAAAAUCUGUAAAAUUCAACAGUUAAAAGACAACAAUUGAAUUUUACAUAUGUAAAACAAUUACUUUCGUAUUCUCUAAUAUUCUUGGCUACAGUUUUUAAUAAAUUUAGAAUCGUGUACCAAAUAUUUGAAAUCAUCAUAAGAUAAAUUCAAUUUUUUUUUCAAAUCUCAAACAAAUAAUUAAUCUAACGAAUAGAAUGCUCAGAAAUUCUGAUAUAUAUAUAUAUAUUUUUUUUUAAAACAUUUUUUGUUACUUGAAUAACUUUGACAAAAUUGACUUAAGGGCAUUUGUAAUACAUUUCUCACGUUAAAAAUUUUUUAAUCUUAAUUUAAUUUCUCGAUAUUUUGCAAUUAUAUAAAUAUUUAAAUUAUAUUUGUUAAAAAAUAUUUACAAAUAUUUAGAAAAAAAAUUCCAAAUAUUCAAAUAAUUGAAAUAUCAAAAAUAUUCAGAGAUUCAUAAAUUAAUGAAAAAUAUUUUUUGAGAAAUAUCAAAAUAGAGUUUAUUAUUAUUAUUUCUAAAAACAUUUUUGAUAUUUCAAUUUAAAUGGAAAAAAAAGAUUUAUUUAAUAAAAUAAGAGAGAUUUUAAUUCUUUUUAGAAAAUUGGAUUAUUUUUAGUGUCUUAAUUUUUUUGUUUACGAUUUAAAUAAUUAGUGUCAUAAUGUAUCGCAUGCCCUUAAUUAAAUGGAAAUUAUAUAUUUGAAAAGGAGGGGUUUAAUUAUUAUGUAAGUAGAGUUAAGACGGAAGGAAAGUUUUUUUUUUUUUGUCCAAACGAGAAAGAUAAGCAUGAUGAAUUUAUUUUAAUAAAAUAGCUAUUAAGAAAAAUUUCCAUCUUCUGUAGUGCAAAGAAAAUCACAAAAUUAAUUAUAAUAAUUAAAUAAAUAUAAAAUAAAAUUUUAAAGCAAUUGAAAAUUUAAAUUUUAAGUAAAUAUUAAAAUUCAAAUAAAAUUGAAAAGAAUAUUAAAAAUUGUAUUCUUUUUUUAAUAUUAUACAUUUAGAAUUUUAUUUAUAAUAUAUAAUUAUUUUUUUUCAAGGGGGAAUUAUGGAAAUUAUACUUACGUAAUAUUUGAACGUCUCUUUAAUACAUUGGCAACUGAUUAAUAUAUUAUUAAAAAAAAAAAAUUGUAUUUAAAAAAAAUACAUCACUUGUAUCUCCUAGAUUUGUAAAUAUAUUAAGAAUAUUUAACUAUUUCAAAACCUGUUAAUGAACUUUUCAUUUCCAUUAAUUUAAUAUACGUUAAAUUGUUUGUGACUACAUAAUCAUAAUCAUUGAUAAAUUGUAAUUUACACGAGAAGAGAGUAGCGUUUUUUUUUAUUUUUUUUUUUUAAAUAUAUCGCUAUAAAAUAACAUUGUGAUACCUCGGAGAGUAAUAGGAAUGCAAUAUUCAUUUUACCAAUUUUGCUAUAAUUAAUCUGUCAAUUUAUAGAGCAGCUUUCUUUGCACUUUUGUAAGCCCAAAUAAUAAUGUAACUUUUAAAAAUUCAUACAAGCGCGAAUUGUUGAUAUUAAUUUUUAGUAAUAUUCUAUAGUAUCGAUUUCAAACGUAGAAUAUAAUUGAUUUUAUUUUAUCAAUGUAUUUUACAUUGACAAAAUGCAAUUUUUACUACACUUUAUUAAAAUUUAUGAUUAGAAAAGAAAUAAAAUAAAAAAUUUUUAAAUACUUUAAAACAAUUAGUAAAUUUUUUUUAGAAUAAUUAAAUUUUUAUAUGAUUUAAGUUUAAAAUAUUAAUAUUUAGUGGCAUAUACAAUAAUAAUUAAUUUGGUGAAAAUUUUGAAAUGGAUAGAAAAUUAAAGAAAAAUUAUAAUUAUGUUUCAUCUCUAUUGAAAUUAUUUCAAAUGAAAAAAUACAUUCUUAAAUCCUGUAGUGUAAGCAUAGUAUUUUUAUCCAAAGGUUUCUGUAAAUUACAUAUUCAAUACGUCGUUUUUUUUUAAAUACUAAAACUUGCUCUGUAAUUUUCUUCUCAAAAAAGAAUUAAUAAUUUUUAAAUUUGUCGAAUUUAUCACUUAGGACUAUAGAUUAUCAAUUUUUACUUGAUGUUAAUUACAGAACGAGUUUUUAAACAUAUAUAGAAUACGUCGCUUUAAUAGUAAAAUUAGCAACAUAAACCGUACGACUGAUAUAAUAUUAAAUUAAAAAAAAUACUUUUCUUUAAUUUAAUAAAUAAUUAUAUAUAUAUAUAAAAAAAAAUUUGACGGAAUAUGUAACGAACUAUUAAGUUCGCUGCGGCACUAAAUAGAUAAAAAAAAAAAAAAUAAAAGUUUCAAUACAGGAAUUGAAAAUAAACUGUCAUCAACCACCAUUUGAUUUGUAUUCAAGAUUUGAAAAAUUAAAAACAAAACGACUCAAUUAAUCAACGCUUGCUUGGUAUAACACAAUAAGCAGGAGGUGCCUUUAAGCGAAUAGCUGUAAAUUAUUAUUAAUAAACUCUGUAAGCGAUAAAGAAAAAAGAAAAUUACCUCCUUAAGUUGUACAUAAAAUAAUUUCAGCUUUUCUCUUUUCGAUAAAAAGAAAAAAAAAACAAAAAAAAAAAUACAAACAAUAGGGCUCUUUAUUGAAUUACAUAUUCAAUAAUAAUUUUAUCAUUAUGUAAUUUGAGGGAAUAAAAUUAUUCAAUAUUUACAA